AUGAGUUACCAGGUGGGUGUUGCUACCCCACACCAUUACAUUUCCUCUCGGCAAAAACCAAGGCAAGAUGCAGAACAGGCUUCGGUUUUGCAGUCUGUGGAGACGGGGAUUUUCAAUUUAAGAACUGCUAUUUUGGCUUUUGAUAGCCUUGUUAAUUACCUUGGUACUCUUAAAGAUACCGUUGAAUUACGUGACAAAUUGCAUAAGACAAGGCUUGAUAUUGAGCAGCUGGUCAAAGAGUCUUCAGCUAAACUAAGGGAAUCAAGAGAAACUGAUCAAGUUGCAGAACCCUUAAAGAAAUAUGUCGAUGACAAGCUUGCAGUAGAUUUUCAAGCAACUCUUGAAGGCUCCCAUAAGGUUCAAAGGCUUGCAGCUGGGAGGGAGACAGUAGUUUCAACUGCUGUCCCCGAAGAAGUUCUUCCUUCCAGUUACGAUGUCUAUGAGCUGGAGAGAAAUCCAUCCAAAAGUCUUGCACAUCAACAGCUUCUGGUUACAAAAAAAGUAGCCAAGAAUCGAGAGGAAGAAGCUGAGAAACGGGCUAAAGCCGCAGCUCACAGGGCUAAGUCUGGCCUUAAGAAGGUGAAUCGUGUGGAGAUUUUGGUGCCGGAGGUGACGGAAGCGGAGCUACAUAAACAGAGAGAGGAGCAACAGGCGCCGACGUUGAAGAAAGUGGAGAAGGAGAAGCAUAGUAUGACUGCGGCGGAGGAAGAGUCUGAGAGGAUGCUGUUGGUGACAAAAAAGAAUAGGGAUGAUUCCUUGGUUAAAACAAGGAACGUGGAAGAGACAUCUGCACAGAGUUCUGAGGCGGUUAACCAAUCACCCAAUCGCCACAGUUUUAAUUAUUGGUGGAAGAAAGACUAUCCAAAAAUCAGUAAUGGAUAUGGAUCUGGUUGCUUUACGUUAUACAUUGAGAACUUACCAGAGAAGAACCAUUGGAAGAGAUUUGGAUCUUUAUUUUGUCCAUUCGGUCAGAUUAUGGAUGCUUUCAUUCCAACCAAAAUAAAUUCGAAGGGGUUUCGUUUCGGAUUUAUUCGCUUUGCAACAAUUGGAGAAGCCAGGAAAGCGAUCUCAAUGAUGAAUGGAGCUCGCAUUGAUGGUAGAAAAAUUGGAGUCUCUUUUGCUAAAUUCAACCCAAGACAUUCUUUUUGGAGAAAGUCUUCGUCAGUUGUUCAUCUAAAGCCUGAGAGGGAAGAUGUUACAAGAAAUAAUCUCUAUUCAGUAGACGUGUUGUUGACGAAACUAAACUUCAAGUUUUGGAUAACUGCCUAA